AUGAAGCAACCAGUUGUCAGCCGACCACCAGGCAGCAGAAGAAAGCGGCCAUUUCACCAUGAAGACUUGUUUGUGGCUCACUCUGCUAUCACUCGUCGCCGUAGCCUAUGGAGCAACACUACCGCCGCAGGCGGCCUUGGCUAAGCCUGUUCUUCCUAAACAAGCUGAAGCAGAUGCACUUGAGAAAGCUGGAAAGACUCUGGAGACAGUAGGACGGCUUCUGCAGGGCGAAAAUGUUGCCUUCGACGAGGAGGUCCAAGAACAUUUGGUCAACGCUCUUCGGGUUGCGUCUAACAAUGGCGAAGUCUUGACCGAGGAAGAUUCCGAGUACAUCCUGCCAAUCAUCAUUCGUGGUGUUGUUCAGGGUGCCAUCGCCCACGUUGUCCAGAAGAAGUUGAACAAGGGCUAAGGACAGCGUCAGUGAAGAACUACUACGCGUUAACUGCAAUGUGAUAAAAAAAACGAAUACCAGGAAUUCCCGAGUCGUUUACUUGCUCAUGAUUUGUAGAGUCACAUAUGAUUCUACGGCUCGAAAUAAAGCCU